GCGCACGCGCACAUGCUGGGAGCGCCAAGGCUUGAGUUCCUGCUGGAAUGCUGCCCCUCUGGUGUCUGGUUCCGGGCUCCUUUACCGUGGGUUCUGAUCCAAACUCGUCUUAGGAGGUUUCUCGGCCUCCGCUCCCCAUUUGGAGUGUAGUGAGGAGCAGAGCUGGGCCUCCGGGGUCAGGUUCCCCGGUGGAUGGAUCGAGAGACCCGCCUCUUUGCCGAGCGGCACUACCGGGGCCUCGGGGGCCGCGUCGCUGGCUGCAGCGGGCCCGCACCCAGCAGUGUGACCUUCAUUCAGGCGCCGGACGCCUUCUCCUACGCUGACUUCGUGAAGGGCUUCCUGCUCCCUAACCAGCCCUGCGUGUUUUCCAGCGCUUUCACCGAGGGCUGGGGCAGCCGCCGGCGGUGGGUGACGUCGGCGGGGAAGCCUGACUUCGAGUAUCUGCUGCAGAAGUAUGGAGACGUGGUUGUACCGGUUGCCAACUGUGGAGUGCGGGAAUACAAUUCAAACCCCAAGGAGCACAUGCCCUUCCGUGACUAUAUCGAUUACUGGAAGGAGUACAUCCAAGGAGGUUGCUCCUCCCCGCGGGGCUGCCUCUACCUCAAGGACUGGCACCUGUGCAGAGACUCCUUGGUGGAUGACCUGGAAGAUAUAUUCACCCUGCCUGUGUACUUCUCAUCAGACUGGCUGAAUGAGUUCUGGGAUGUCCUCAAUGUGGAUGACUACCGCUUUGUCUACGCGGGGCCCAGGGGCACCUGGUCUCCCUUCCAUGCGGAUAUCUUCCGCUCCUUCAGCUGGUCAGUGAACAUCUGUGGGAGGAAGAAAUGGUUGUUCUUCCCGCCAGGGCAGGAGGAGGCCCUUCGGGACUGCCACGGUAACCUGCCCUAUGACGUGACUUCCGCUGAGCUCCUGGACACUCGCCUCUAUCCCAGGAUCCAGCACAGCAGCCUACCCCUUGAAGUCAUACAGGAGGCUGGUGAGAUGAUAUUUGUGCCCAGCGGGUGGCACCAUCAAGUGUACAACCUGGACGACACCAUCUCUAUCAACCACAACUGGGUCAAUGGCUGCAACCUGGCUAACAUGUGGCACUUCUUGCAGCAAGAACUCCAGGCAGUACAGCAGGAGGUCAGAGAAUGGAAGGACUCCAUGCCUGACUGGCACCACCACUGCCAGGUCAUCAUGAAGUCCUGUACAGGGAUCAAUUUUGAAGAAUUUUACCAUUUCCUCAAGGUCAUCGCUGAGAAGAGGCUUCUUGUCCUGAGGCAAGGACUGAAGGGGGACACAGGGGACAGCACAGGCCUAAGGCUGGGCCUGCAGCAGGCUGCAUUUGAUGUUGGACGCCUUGCAGAUGUGCUGGCCUCUGUGGUUACACAUCCUGACUUUCAGAGAGUGGACACCAGGGCAUUCUCACCACAGCCAGAGGAGCUGCUUCAGCAGCUGGAGGAUACUGUGGCUGCUGCUGAGGCCCUCUAGUACUCUACAGGUCAUGAUAUAGGAAGAAUUCUGGAGGGCAGCUUCUUGCCGCAGGGCCCUGCCCAGGCUACCCUUCCUUGAGGCCUAGGAUGUACCUCAAGGCUGUGCGGGUGCAGUUCUUGCAGUGUGGGCAGACACAGUCUUGCCCAUAUAGUGCUGUUUCCCAGUAUCUAGGCCCUGGAUCUUGAGGAAGGUCCAGCCAAAAUGGGAAUUUAACUCAUGGGAGCUAGAGGGAUAUUCACCCAUUUAGCCUAUAGCAAGCCUGCCAAGAACUUGAAUUGAGUGGUGAUCAUGAAACCGGGUUUCCGUGGAGCCUUCCAACCUCUCCUAGUGAUCCUAGGACUCCUGGGUGAUGGAUAUCCAGUCUGCCUACCUUGGAGGUGACCCUGUGUGACCUGGGACAGAUGGAGAUGCAUAUAUGCAGUUGCCCUCCAAGCCUCUGUGUCCUCUAGUUCUGUCCUGGGAGCUCCAGCAGCUGGACCAGGAAGAGUUAACCAGGAUAUGGCAAGUGGCAGGGGACUUCUUAAGCUGGAUGUUGUUCCCCUGUGGCUGGAGGUACUAGGUGGCUAAAAAACCCCAAAUACUGAUCUAGCCACGUCCCCAGGAUGGAGAUGAUGUGCAGGACUAGGGGGAAGUAGCAUUCUUCCCCACAGCACUCCUUCAAGGCCUGGGCUCCUAUGCUAAGGCGGUGCUAGCCCAUUUUCUGCCCGAGGGCACAGGGCUAAGUCCAGAGCAGAAGUACAGGGAGGCCUGUAGAGGAGACAGAUACCGCAGUCUCAGGCUGGUGCUGGAUGAGGCAGUGCCUCCUCUGUUGGCUGCACUCCCUGCCUAUGCUUAGAUGGAGACAAGCCCUUGCUUAAUGGCCUGCAUGGCUCCACAUAUCCUAUGCUUCUGGCACCUGCACGCCACCAGGUUCACUGUGCUAUUUCUAGGAAUAGGGGGGUUGUGGCCUAGGACAGAGGUGCACAGCCUGUAUGAGAGCCAGCUGCUUACUCUGGGCCCCAGCAUGAACCACUAAGAUGAGGCACAGCUGUACAUACAGUGUUGGACUUGUAGACCUUUUUGGAGACAGAGCUUUGCCUAAACCUGCAGCCUUCAUGAUCUGAGGUGGGGCCUCACAGACAGAAGGAAAUUGUGAGCAGAAUUGGCCACAGCCUUUGCAGAGAUCCUGUGCAGGACCUGGUGCCAGUGAUACACCUUGUCAUCCCAGGAAACCCUCUGGGUAGGGCCUCCUGGGAAUGGUUCUGGAGGAGCCACUUGAGGCUUAGAGCACUGACUUUUCUAGGCACAACCUGCAGAGUGGCACUAAUGCUAGUUUACCCUGUGAGCUGUAGGUCCUACACAGACUAGGUAAGUAAGAAUUUGGGUAGGGGCAGGGGCACCUGUAUCUCUGCCCUGCCUGCCACACGGAGCAGGUCUCCUCUUGGUUGGGACUACUGGGGAGGUGCUGAAGCUCCGUGGCUAGGAGGAUAUCUCUUGGUGUUAGAUGUAGAAAUCAAUGGGAAGAAAAUUAUUUAUUAAUACCUUCAAGCUCUUGGCCAGUUAAACAGUAACACCUCCUGUUUCAGAGCCUUUAGCAGCAGCAUUGUCCCAGGGAAUCCUCAAACAUGAGCAGGUGCUGUGGGAUGGUCUGUAUGGCAAAUGUGUUGCUGAUUAGUCAAUAAAUAAAACACUGAUUGGCCAUUGGCUAGGCAGGAAGUGUAGGCAGGACAAGGAGGAGAAUAAAGCUGGGAAGUGGAAGGCUGAGUCAGAGACACUGCCAGCCGCCACGAUGAGAAACAGCAUGUGAAGAUGCUGGUAAGCCACGAGCCAUGUGGCAAGGUAUAGAUUAAUGGAAAUGGAUUAAUUUAAGCUGUAAGAACAGUGAGCAAGAAGCCUGCCACGGCCAUACAGUUUGUAAGCAAUAUAAGUUUCUGUGUUUACUUGGUUGGGUCUGAGCGGCUGUGGGACUGGCAGGUGAGAGAGAUUUGUCCUGACUGUGGGCCAGACAGGAAAACUCUACCUACAAGCAGGCAGAUAAGCUUACCCAGGUGCUGCCUUUGAGCUCCUGGCCAGGGGUGUAGUAUCUGGGGCCCUGGCUCCUUUCUGAUGUGAAGACACUUUACACAACUGGCUCAGCAACUUAAUGGGCAGUUCGCCUUCCUUACUCCAGAUUUGCAGAAUUAAGGAAAGUUAACACCCUGGGCCAUGUGUGACAGACAUUACCUACUAUGUACUCCCAUGACCAUGCUAACUAGAAAUAACAGUCAGUCCCCAGUCAGAUGAACAAGCCAGGAGGGGCCCUGUUACACAGCUCAGCAGAUAAAGGUGCUUGCUGUGCACAUCUGUUGACCUGAGUUUGAACCCCAGAAUCCAUGUGAAGUGGAAGGAGGUGUAGGGGGAGGAGCCCCUUCAUCUACCUCACAGACUGCCAAAACCCUUGCUUGCACCAAGGCUGCCCCAAUUUGAUGCUUGUGUAAGGACCUCUGCUCAGUAGCUGUCUGUCCAGCCAUGCACUGUUGCCACUCUUGUUGCUGAUCCUUGUAGCUAAAACUUAGUUUUUCGAGAUAUAUAAUCUCCUUAUUUUGCCUUUGCAACUUCCUGUUGCCCCAACCACCAUGGGUACAGCCUUAGUUUACUGGCACAUGUUCCCAUUGUGACAUGGCUAUUCACAAGAAGUAAUAUCUUUUGGAAGAUUAUUUGGAUGGACAGUUAAAUAUCCUCCACCUAGUUAUGCCAACACUUGUAAAGCUUUAAUGAAAGGAAAACGUCCUAAUCCCAAGAAGCGCUUCCUCUCUGCAAUCCAAUGCUCCUGGGUCCAGCCUCAACUACUGACCAAGGUAUUUAACCUCUAUUUGCAGAAAUGGAGAUAAGCCCCCACUACUCAGAUCAGAAUCUGACUAAGGGUGAUGAGUGGGUUCCACAGCUAUUCUAAACAGUUGAGAUGGAAUACGAAAAAUGGGCAAAAUUCAAGCAAGAUCACUAUUGAUUUAAUAUGAAGGAGAGCUAUAACCUUCUCCCCACCAGUCCGGCUUCCAUUCCCCACUGUCAACAUUAUCCAGCUGUGAUCCAGAAAUACUAAUUGAAUGAAAGCAGAUAUUUUGAUCACAUUCAUACAACUUAUAUAGUAUGUUGUUACAGUUCUAUUAUGACUUCUUUUCUUACUAUGCUUUAUAAAUUGUGAUAGGAGCCAGGUGGUGGUGGCACCUACCUUUAAUCCCAGCACUCAAGGCAGGAUCUCUGAGUUCGAGGCCAGCCUGGUCUACAGAGUGAGUUCCAGGACAGCCAAAGCUGUUACAGAGAAACCUUGUCUUGGGAAAAAAAAAAGUUUUAGGUUGAACUUUUAUUAAUUUCAUCCAGUCCUAGCUGAAAUGAACAUCUAAGAAUUAAUUCCUAAACUCAUUUGAGACUAAAGGAAAAGGAAUUGGGUGGAGUGAGCUCUAAAUAAAAGCUUAGAUCUUGAUUUCACUUGAAAAGUUUGGUCCAGAGCUUCCCCAUGAUUAAUUUAGCCUAUGAACAGGUUACUUUAACCUGCUGCAUUUUGUCAUAAAUAUAAUUAAGGUUUGUAUGCCAGAGUUCUUCAUAUAACUAUAUUGCUCUGUGUACUGGUUAGCUUUUGUCAACUUGACACAAACCUAUAGACAUCUGAGAAUAAAGAAUCAUAAUUAAGAAAAUACCUAAGAUUGGUACAUGGGCAAAUCUGUGGAGCAUUUUCUUGAUCAAUGAUUGAAGUGGGAGGGCCCAACCCACUGAGGAAGGUACCACCCUGGGCAGGUAGGACUGCAGUUUGUAAGAAACCAAACUAAGCAAGCUAGGAAGAGCAAGCCAGUAAGCAGUGUUUCUCCAUGGCUUCUGUUUCAGUUCCUGCCUCCAGAUUCCCUGUUUGAGUUCCUAUUACCUGGAAAUAUAAAAUGGAAUAAACACAUUCCUUCCUGUAGUGGUUUGAAUAAGAAUGGUCCCCAUAGGCUUGUGUACUUGAAUGCUUGGUUUCUAAUUGGUAGAACUAUCCAGGAAGGAUUAAGAAGUGUGGCUUUAUUCGAGGAGGUGUGUCACUGGGGGUGGGUGUUGAAGGUUCAAAAGCCCAUCUCAUUCCCAGUUAGCUCUCUUUGCCUCCUACUUUUUUAAAAAAUAUACUUUAUUUAUUUUAUGUGCACAUUUAUCUGUGAGGGUGUUUGGUCCUCUGGAACUGGAGUUAUAAACAGUUGUAAGCUGCCAUGUGGGUGCUGGAAAUUGAACCUGGGUCCUCUGGAAUUCCAGAGUAGCCAGUGCUCUUAACCACAGAGCCAUCUCUCCAGCCUUGCCUCCUACUUUUGAGAAAGGAUAUAAGCUCCAGCAUCAUGCCUGCCUGCCUGCCUGCCUGCUGCCAUAAUUCUGACUGUGAUGCUUCUGGAUUCUAAUCCCCUGGAACUGUAAGCCCUAACAAAUGCUUUCUUUCAUAAUUUGCCUUGGUCAUGACAUUUUGUCACAUCAAUAGAAAAGUGACUGAGACACUCCCCAAGUUGCUUUUGGUCAGUGUUUUAUCACAACAAUAGAAACUUAAAAUAUUCUAUUAUAGUUCUUGGUCAAAUAAAAAUAGAGAUUUCAUAGACAUUAGCUUUCUUUUGGCACCAAAGCCAUGCAUCUUUCCUGCUAGUUAUGAUUAGAUUUUGGUGUCUUCAUCACAGUGUCCUAGGUUCAAUUCCCAGUCAGAAAACCAUGGCAAGUUCUUAGCCCCCCAUUUAAGAAGCUUUAGCUUACUACUGUGUAAUCCUUUUUAUGUCUCACCAAGAAUGAAUGCCUUUAACAGCUAGGCGGUGGUGGUGCAUAUCUUUAAUCCCAGCACCCAGGAGGCAGAAGCAGGGUUUCUGAGUUCAAGGCCAGCCUGGUCUACAGAGUGAAUUCUAGGAAUCCUUUCCUUUUCUUCUAAGAGCUUAAGAUAAAAUGAAAUGCCUAUUAAUGCAGAAUAAAGACGGGCUCUGAUACUUACUAGCCUCAAAAACAUGUAAAAAUUACUUACUUCCCGAAACACUGAAACCACAUAGAUAGUGGUUGAUGCUGGGUGUCUUCCUCAACUGUUUCUCCCUUAUUUUUUUCAGACAGGGUAUCUCACUGAACUUACAAUUUACUGAUUCAGCUACAGUUGUUAGCUACUCAGCUCUAGGGAUCUGCCUUUCUUUAUCUCACUAGCACUGGACUACAGACAUCCAUUGCCAUAUCCAGCUUUUUACAGGAGUGCUGGGGAUCUAAACUCAGGUCCUCAUGCUUACAUAAGGAGCACUUUACGAACAAUUAUUUUCCCAGUCCCAAGAAAGCAACAUCUGGGCAGGGGAUGUAAAGCACCUCGUUUGGUAAAGUGCUUGCCUAGCAUGCAUGAAGUCCUGGGUUUGAUUCACAGUAUUAAGUAGAUCAAGCAUGAUGGUGUAUAUCUAUAAAUCCAGAAGUCUAAGGCCCAUCGAGACUACAGGAGACCCUAUCUCAAAGGAAAAAAAAACAAACAAACAAAGGUCUGGCAUGGUGGCUCAUGCCAUUAAUCCCAGCACUCAGGAGGCAGAGACAGGAGGAUCUCUAUGAGUUUGAGGCCAGCCUGGGCUACAUAGUGAAUUCCAGGACAGCCAGGGCUAUGUAGGGAGACCCUGUCUGGAAAAAAAAAAAAACAGUUUGUUGCCUGUGAGAAACAUACCUAAUUGGCAGAUUCACACAGGAAGAGUAUGAGUGAUGGAGGGAAAGAGAAUGGAACAAAUGCAAAACUAAGCACAGCAAUAAAAAGUGGCCAUCAUCAGGUAUUGUUUCCUUCCUGCUGAGGUGACAAGGUAGACAGGUUUCACUUUUUUCUCUUCUCAAUGUUCACAAGGCAUGACAGGAGAGUGAUGAGUCAUUUUCCCUCAGAUCUACAGGACAAAGUGUUGUAUGGAGCCAGGUUUUGUCUUGUCAGCUGGUGCAUACAAGCUUAGACAAUGACCUCUGUGGGGCUGAAAUUAUUCAUGUGAUCUCUGUGUGCAGGCCUUGCAGUGGGGAGAAUAGAGGAGCUGCCUUCCAAUCAUAAUGACUCACCCAUAGACCACACCCAGCUAGCUGUUUCCUCACACCAGGCAUGAUCUGCCAGAGCACGUGUGGGAAAUUCCCAAGAAGUGGUUGCAUUUCUCCUAAAUGCCUCUGCGGAGCUAAGACUGGAAAAAGCAACCAAAACAGUCUAAGAGGGAGCAGACACUGAGUGAUCCUCCACACCCUGCCACACUAGUUCCUGUGCCCAGCUGCUACUCAUCCAUACACGGGUUGUCCAAAUUUUUCUCCCAAGAGUCCAACCAAAGAUCCCAAGUAGAAGUCGCUGUACUUCUCUCUGCAGCACAGCCAGAAUUUCUCAUCACAUAGGUCUGAGUUUGGAAAUCUGUGUCUUAGUCACAGCCAGAUUUAUAUACCCUUACUGCUUCUUAGGGUGGUUACUUAGCUGGUGAAGAGGAAAGGCCACUGAGACAUGGAGAAAUAAAUACGCAAAUAUCUAUGAUCCCCAUAGCCAUCGGGUUUAGUAAAGUUGUGGCAGAAGAGUAGAGCGGAACAUAUAAAGUAUGUUAUAUAAAUUAGUAUAUAAAAGGAAGCAGUGAUAGAAACAACCCAGGGGGAAAAAAUUCAGGGAAAGCCCAUCCCCAACUGAAGCUUAAGCAUACUUACAAGAAGAGCACACUGUAUAAAUAAUAUAUUAGAUCCCGAUAUGUUGGUUAGCCUCUGAUCUUUCUCCCCAGCUAUGGCCCAUCUCCCUUCUGGGAAGUACUCUUCUUAUUAAACUUUCUCUGCUUGUAAUUCUACCCACAUCCCUGUACAGUUCCUUGUAGGGUGCCCGCUAGACUCCAAUCUUAGCCUGCACCUGAGCACAGCCUGUUUUCUUCAUCUCUGCUUGAUGUCAGCAGUGUCCAUGAGCAUCCCGAUAGUCUGGACCACAACACUUCAUAAAAUAGUUGUAUAAUUAUGUAGUGAACACAGUCGUCUAAAGGUGUGUGGAUUCUCAGGCAUCAAAGGCUGGAACAAUGAUACAUGUUUUGGUGGUAACUAUCAUUAGUUGUGCUACAGAAUACUGAAAACUAUCCAAGCCUCACCUAAGGACAAACAUAGGUGAUGCCAUGGGCUGACACUUCACAGCCAUGUGAAGACCUUCCUUGGAACCCAAGAUAAAUGCAGGAGAUGCGUGGGAUUGUGGCACCAUUGGCCAGUUUUGAUGUCACAGGAUGCCAUGGAACCUUCACCAGGUCCUGUAAGAUAAGGCUGUGGUGUGUGACAUGGUAAUCCCAGAAUCUAGGUUUUGAAACACAAAGGGUACCUUCCUUAGGUGUGAGAUGAAGUAGGUACUGGGGCAUGUAGCAUUCUUAACCACUUUUUGUGGGUAUGAGACCUAGAUGAAGCCUUCUGGAAGCCUCAUAGUAUAAACCCAAGUAGUACCCAGGGUUUUUUUUUUUUUUUUUUUCCUCCAGAAUCUCUUAAGUCUUAUUUGCUCUGAAAAUCUUCCCUAAGCACUAUGGGAUAUUGAAAGGUAACAUUUGGAUUAUGAUUCUGGUGUCCAAUCUCUUCUAGGAGUAAAAUGAGAGACCAUCUUACAUCCCUUGAGUAGAGGAAAGAUGAUGCUAGGGCUUAAAACUUUGAUAUGUGUAAUCCUACAGGAUGUGGAUAGGGAUGUUUGUAGAUCAUAUACUGGUAGUUUUGUAGGGACCUAGUCUAAAGCUUUGAUAGCCAUGUUCCCAGAGGUAGAGUAAGACCUUCCUACGCCAGGCGGUGGUGGUGCAUGCCUUUAAUUCUAACACUAGGGAGAGAGAGCCAAGCGAAUCUCUGUGAAUUUGAGGCCAGCCAGCCUGGUCUACAGAUCGAGAUCCAAGACAGGCACCAAAACUACACAGAGAAACCCUGUCUGCAAAAACAAAACAAAAAAAAAAGUGGGGGGGGGGGGGAUAGGACUUUCCUUUGUCUGAUGAAAUUUUUUUUUUUUUUUAAUAUCCCUCGCUGUCGUGGAACUCACUGUGUAGACCAGGCUGGCCUCAAACUCAGAGACCCUUCUGUCUCUGUCUCCCCAGUUUGGGGAUUAAAAGUGUGCACCACCACACCCAGUUGAUGUUGAGGAUUUUGAUAACAUCUGGAGUCUCAGGCCAUGGAAUGCUGAUGCUAAAUAUUGGGGAUCCUGGUAACCAUGCUCCUGGAGCAAGAAGUAGCUGGGGAUGGGGAGUGGUGUGGGUAACUGAAAUGCUUUAUUCUACACAUUGAUAAGAUUCCAAUAGCAUAACCAAUGUAGUAUGCUACUAUGUAGUAAAAUAGCGGUUACAUAUAUUUUAAUUACAUAUCAUAUGAACUAGUUAUAUAAUAUAUACUACUCAUGUACAAACUAUACGUAUCCUACAGAUACACAUAUACACAUGCAUACACUGUAUGUACUAAAUAAUACUAUAUUAUAUAUUAUACCAAGAUACACAAAUCUCUUUGAAUACAAUUGUAAAAAGUCUCAACAAAAUACUACAAAAUUGUAUCUAAUAUAAAGACACAUUCCAUGCUUUAACCCAGAAAAGCAAUGUUUUCACAUUGUAAAGUCAGUGUAAUGCAUGUCCAUCUCCAGUGUGCAUUAUCACGUGUCUUUCCAUGAGAAAUGAAGUUGGGAGACUUUCUGCGUCCCUGACAGUCUUUUUCUAAACGAGUUCUUUCAUGUCAUUGAAUGAAAAUGGGAAAAUUGAAGGCCUUCUGACAUUUCUUACACUCAGCCUUUUCUCCAGAGUUCUUCCAUGGUUUUCAAAAAGAACUAUAAAAAUUGAAAGCCUAACCACAUUGCUUAGAGCUACAGGCUUUUUUCCCCCUCUACUUAAUGUCUUUAAAGAAAACUGAAAACUUGAAUACUUCUCCCACAUUCCUAUUCAUAGUGUUUUAUCUGGUACGUAUUCUUUCAUAUAAUCUAAAAGAACUGGGGCAUCUGAAGCCUUAACCAUUUUUCUCACAUACACAGGGUUAUUAUCCAGUGUCAGUCUUUCUGUGUCCUUUAAAAGAACCAAGAAAACUUUUUUUCAUAUUCCUUACAAUCACUUUCUGAUGACUUGUUGUCCAAUGAAUAUUUUAGUUUCUUUGAAGGCAAAUGGGAAAAUGUGAUAUUUACCAUAUUUAUUUGUACUCAAAGUAUGUUUCUCUAGUACGAGUUCAUUCAUGUUUAUAAAGGCAAUUUGUAAUA